CAGCUGACUCCGUCGUCGCGCUGCCCCUCCCCCGCCCGGCUCUGCCGCUGACGCGCGCUCCGAACCCCCACAGCUGGGACUGCGCCCCAAACCUGGGACUGCGGACGGCGUGACCCCGUGUCCGGGCCUGCCCGCGCCGGAGCAGCCCCGGGACUGCGCAGCGAGCCAGCUCCCCACGUGCCGGGUCCCGGGAAGGUGUGGCCUUUUUGUUAAAUGACUGUACUGAUGUAAACAUUCAGCAGCAUCGGGAGGAAGAGAAAGGAGAGGCUAGCGCUCCUUGGGAAACCAACAUGGGAAAGUCUUUUUCUCACUUGCCUUUGCAUUCAAAUAAAGAAGAUGGUUAUGACGGAGUCAUAUCAAAUGAAAAUAUGAAGAGUGGAUUAGUUAAUAAUGAAGUCCAUAAUGAAGAUGGAAGAAAUGGAGAUGUCUCUCAGUUUCCCUAUGUGGAAUUCACAGGAAGAGACAGUGUCACUUGUCCCACUUGUCAAGGAACAGGAAGAAUUCCUAGGGGACAAGAAAACCAGUUGGUGGCAUUGAUUCCAUAUAGUGAUCAAAGAUUAAGGCCAAGAAGAACAAAGUUGUAUGUGAUGGCAUCUGUAUUUGUCUGUCUGCUCCUUUCUGGACUGGCUGUUUUUUUCCUUUUCCCUCGUUCUAUCGAUGUGAAAUAUAUUGGAGUGAAGUCAGCAUAUGUCAGUUAUGAUGUGGAAAAGCGAAUAAUAUAUUUGAAUAUCACAAAUACACUAAAUAUAACAAACAAUAAUUACUAUUCAGUUGAAGUUGAAAAUAUCACUGCACAAGUUCAGUUUUCAAAAACAGUUAUUGGAAAGGCACGCUUAAACAACAUUACCAAUAUUGGCCCUCUAGAUAUGAAACAGAUUGAUUAUACAGUACCUACUGUGAUAGCAGAGGAAAUGAGUUAUAUGUAUGACUUCUGCACAUUGAUAUCCAUCAAAGUGCAUAACAUAGUACUCAUGAUGCAAGUUACCGUGACCACAGCAUACUUUGGCCACUCUGAGCAGAUAUCCCAGGAGAGGUACCAGUAUGUGGACUGUGGAAGGAACACGACCUACCAGCUGGGGCAGUCUGAAUAUCUGAAUGUCCUUCAGCCUGAACAGUGAUAGCAGAAAGAGGUGCAGUUAGAUAAGAUGGUACUUUCUGACCUCUCUAGGAGGAGGUACUUCCUAAUAGCUGAUCUUAAAUUGAAAAACCUAAAGUUUACGCCUCUUUUAAGAGUUCAGCUGAGAGAAAGUGGACUUGGAGCUCUCCAGUCUGUGUUGUACCAUGAUAUUUUACUUGAACAUAAGUUAUUGAUUGGCUUGUACCCUCUGACCCUAAAAGAGAAAAAAACAUAUUUUCCCUGUAACAUAUAACUUAAAAGUCAUACAGAGAAUCCCUAACUCUAAGCCAGAUAAUUUUGGUGACAAAAAUAAUUUGAGAAACUUAAUUUCUAGAUGUUUUUUAUAGAAAAUUACCAAGAACCUAUUAUUCGUGGAGGACUUUGUUUUUUUUUUAAAGAUAACCUUUUCUUCUCGUUUUAUAUAUGGCAUUGUUUCAAAGGGUAACAUUUCAACCACAUAACACUUUAGCUUUUAGCUAAACAUUUUUAGUUUUAAUUUGUUGAAAUUCUAUUCAUUUGCAUGUCUUUGACUUAUUUCAAGCUGGUGACUGCAUCACUUACCAACCAGAAUGAUCUUUGUAAAAUAUUUUACCUAAAACUUUCAAAUUCUAUGUUUCACAUGUUUUUCCAUGUUA